AUGCGUUCCACUCUUUAUGCGCUCGCGGCGUGGCCGCUUGCCGCUCAGGCCCUCGACUUCAUCGACAGCUACACAUCCGAGCAAAAUGGAAUUAUGCGAUAUACUCUUACUACUACCAAGGGUGCCCGUUCUAAGCACCUGCACAGGCGCCAGGAUAGCGCCGAUUUGCAAUCCCAACAGACUGGCUACUUUUACAGCAUUCAACUCGAAAUUGGUACGCCACCGCAGGCAGUGAGCGUCAAUUUUGAUACUGGUUCUUCCGAGCUCUGGGUCAACCCCGUGUGCAGCAAGGCUACAGACCCAGCCUUUUGCGAGACCUUUGGCCGAUAUAGCAACUCCACCACCUUUGUCGAUACCCAGGCCCCGGGAGGCAUCAAAUAUGGUACCGGCUUUGUUGAUUUCACCUAUGGCUACGACUAUGUCCAGCUUGGCUCAUUGAGAAUUAACCAGCAGGUCUUUGGUGUUGCCACUGACAGCGAGUUUGCUUCCGUUGGCAUUCUCGGUGCUGGCCCUGAUCUGAGUGGCUGGAAGAGCCCCUACCCCUUUGUCAUCGACAACUUGGCCAAGCAAGGCUUCAUCCAGAGCAGGGCUUUCAGUCUUGAUAUCCGAGGCAUCGACAGCGACCGAGGCUCUGUCACCUACGGUGGAAUCGACGUCAAGAAGUUUUCUGGUCCCCUUGCCAAGCGACCCAUCAUCCCCGCCGCCUCGUCUCCCGAUGGCUACACUCGCUACUGGGUUUACAUGGAUGGUAUGAGCAUUACCAAGGAGGAUGGAUCCGACUUGGAGAUCUUUGACAAGCCCAAUGGCCAGCCGGUGCUCCUCGACAGCGGCUACACCGUCAGCACGCUUCCUGGCCCCCUUUUCGAGAAGAUCCUCUUGGCCUUCCCUUCUGCCCGCCUGGAGUCUUCUUCUGGCGACUACAUCGUUGACUGCGAUAUUAUCGAUAGCCCCGGCCGUGUCAACUUCAAGUUUGGUGACGUCGUCGUCGACGUUGAGUACAAGGAUUUCAUCUGGCAGCAACCUGACCUGGGCAUCUGCAAGCUUGGCGUUUCCCAGGACGACCAGUUCCCUGUUCUUGGUGACACCUUCCUGAGGGCUGCCUAUGUCGUCUUUGACUGGGACAACCAGAACAUCCACAUUGCAGCAAACGAGGACUGCGGCACCGAACUGAUUCCCAUCGGCUCUGGCCCCGAUGCUAUCCCGGCUUCUGCCAUCGGUCAAUGCUCUUCCUCCGUUAACAAGACCACCACCUCCGCUGUGCAGACCACCACUUCUGCUGCUGCCUCGACGUCCAAGCUGGCCACCACUUCUGCUGUCGCAACAACAUCUGCUGCCGCCACUACCUCUGGCGCGGCCAGCAGCGGACAUCUGCCCACGACCUCUCACCACUUUGGCAAUGGCACUGUUGUCUACUCCCUCCCUACCCUUAGCUCCACUUCUGUCUCUGAGCAGAGCACCGACGCUGCUAAGGGUACUACCACCGCAGCUGGCGCCGGUACCACUGCCGCUCCCACUUACACCUCGACCUUCACCACGACCAACGUGUACACUGUCACCUCGUGCCCGCCCUCCGUCACCAACUGCCCUGUUGGCCACGUCACGACCGAGAUUGUCACGUCUUACACGACCUGGUGCCCC